GAGUGCGAUAGAGAGAGAGGGAGAUGGAGAGAGAGGCAAGUGGUGAGAGAGGACUGCCGUUGAGAUUGGACUCUAUCGCGUCUUCAUUAUAAGUCUAAAAUGCUUUAGUACCUUAUUAGCGUAGUCUGCCAUUCAUCUGUGCUGUCAGUCAAAGAUCGGUCACGCGGGAUAGGCUACGUUAAGUUCAGGUCUAAAAAAGCGAGCGGCUCAAUUGAAAGCUCAAGAUGCCCGAGCAGAGCAACGACUACCGUGUGGUGGUGUUUGGAGCAGGGGGUGUGGGGAAGAGCUCACUGGUGCUCCGUUUUGUCAAAGGCACUUUCCGGGACACCUACAUCCCGACGGUGGAGGACACGUAUCGGCAGGUGAUCAGCUGUGACAAAAGCGUCUGCACCCUGCAGAUCACAGACACAACUGGCAGCCACCAGUUCCCGGCCAUGCAGCGUCUGUCCAUCUCCAAGGGUCACGCCUUCAUCCUAGUCUACUCCAUCACUAGUAAGCAGUCCCUGGAAGAAUUAAAGCCCAUAUACCAGCAGGUUCUCGCUAUCAAAGGCAACGUAGAGACCAUCCCAAUCAUGCUCGUGGGGAACAAGAGUGACGAGACUCAACGGGAAGUCAAUACCGAGGAUGGAGAGGCCCAGUCCAAGACCUGGAAGUGUGCUUUCAUGGAGACCUCGGCUAAGACUAACCACAAUGUCACUGAGCUGUUCCAGGAGCUUCUCAACUUGGAGAAGAAGAGGAACAUGAGUUUGAACAUCGAUGGCAAGCGUUCUGGGAAGCAAAGCAGGGCUGACAAGCUGAAAGGGAAAUGCAGCAUCAUGUAGACCGCUUGUUAGAGGCAGAACCGGAGCGGUAGAGUGAUAAAAUGACAAAGGAAAGGACCUGAGAGAGGAGAGAAAAAUGAAUAGAGAUGGUGUUAUUUGACAUUUCAUGCUAAUUUCCGAUAACAAGGAUUUCACUCUGACUUCCUAGAUCUCAUCCUUCACCAUCAGUCUUUGGCCUUAACAAGCCCCAUCUCAUUCAUAUUGCCUUGUCUGUCUCUAUUGUUUUACAGAGCAUCACCACUAUCUCUCACAUCUGAGAAAUAUUCAGACAGCAAUCGAUUGCUGCACAGCCCUUUUCAGUUCAUGUUGCACAUCAUUUUAUUGAAUGGUUGCAGCUGCAUUGCUAAAGCAGAUGCAGACUUUAUAAGGAUGUUUUCCAAACAGAAGACUUUGUGUAACUCGUCAGAUUGAGGAAAUAAGGUCAGUAUUUACCAAACCACUCAUUAAUCCUUUGUGUCAGAUUGUGUAGAAUCCACUUUUAUUUGUUAUCCUCAUAACAUUUUGAUGAUUACUUUUACAUGUCCUCAUAUCUUAAAUAAUACCUAUCAAUAUUCAAGACAAUCAUUUUGUUAAACAUGAGCCAGAGAAAUGUUUGAUGCUUUAUGAAAUGAUUUCCUUCAGUGACAUCAAGGUAGUUCUGAAAUCUGAAAGCAUAUUGACACUUUACUUUUCAUGCAGAUGCACUCGUGCUUAUGUAAAGCGGCAAGCACACAUCAUCAUCUUCAUCAUCAUUAUCAUCAUCUCUGGCAAUCAUCUGCUCAAAAUGUAGACACGUAUGGCUUCCCCACUAGUUUAGAGUAAGCUCCUCUUAUUUUUCUCAAGAUGAACUGCUUAUAUUUUCAAGUAUAAUUGAGACAAUAACAAAUGUAGCUCUCUUAAAAUCAAUCAGGAAAUGAAUGCAUUUGGAGGAGGUGUGUUUUGGCAGCAAGACUAAAUUGUGGCUUUGCAAGUCUUCUCACCCAAUUGAUCAGAGACUAUGUGAACAUUGAAGUGUAGAUAUAAUAUGGAGUGUUAUGAGAGUCAAAGAAGCAUUUUUUGUUCAAACAUUUCAACUGUUUUUUCCAGAAUGAACCAUUCACAUCACAGUUUCAGACAUUACAGGAGUUUUUGGCUCGAAACAAAUUCAGUUUUUGUGUCCUUCACGGUCAUACCGCCAACCUGUUUCAGUUCAAGAGAAUGCAAUCACCCUGCAAAUCAGCCUUUGACAAAAGAAACCUUUGAGUUCAAAAAGGGCCUUGAUUAUAUGGCAUUUUAUUUGUAUUUAACCAGCUGAUUGCCUUGUACAAAUGAUGCGCUAAAGAGCCCCUUUAAUAUGUGUUCAGGUUGUGCAUUAAAGGCAGACAGCGUUAUUUUAUCAUGUUAUGCUGUGUAAAAAGCUAGUUUUUGAACAGGGUUCACCAGAAGUGUGUAGAUGUUUAUUUUGUUUGAACUAUCCUGUAAAUAAAGCAUUUUGAAUGACACCUGCUAUUAUAAUAACAACAACAACCAUGUAUGAAAAAUUAAAAAUAAGAAUAUAUCAAACAUUAUAUGCACCUAACUAAAUUCAAAUUUAAAUGAUAUCUACUGAUAUACUGUGACAUGCAUUUGCAAUAGAACUGAAAACAUAAUUCAUAUAUAGUUUACUGUCAGCUAAUAUUACGACAGCUUGUUUGAUGUAUAUGAUUAAUAUUUUAAUAUCAGUUCCCUGGAUGGCCCACCAACACAGUCAUCCCUGAAAAAUGGUGCUAUAAUUUACCACCUCCCUACUGGUGACUGUAGUUCUGCUCUGCAUGCAUAAAGUCAUAAAUCCCUCUUUAUCACUUUGCAGAGUUUUGCUGAUUUUUCUAAAUUAGGGAUACCGCCUCAUCCAUCUUGUGUUUGAAGUUUAGACUGUAUUCAGAUCCAUUGUAACCGAAUCUGUGUGUCCAAUCUCUAUAAAGCCCACUCAGCUGGUGCAUGAGUCACACUGCUGAUACCAUUAGAGGCACUGCAAGCUGCACGAGAGGAAAACUGCAGAGCAUCUUGCGUUUUACAUGCACGGGAAGUCUGCGCUCUCUGAAGAGUGUCAGCUACCUGUGAUCCUCUUGGUUGGCUUGACACACAAACAUGGAUUUGCCCCCGGAAUGCCAAUACCAGUUCCGUGUAUAAAAUCAGUUUGUGAACCACAUUUUAUCAUGCACUUUUUAUUGUAAAUUCUUGCAAAUUGUAUGUAAAGAAUAUAACACUACAUGAGCCAUGGACACGAUUCAUUUUAAAGCUCUUCAAUCACUGUUGUGUUUGGCUGGGAUUCCAGGGGACUUUCUGUACAUUUAUCUGGAUUCUCAUUAAUGCAUAGUUGCUAUCCUAAAUCUGGUUUACACAGUGAGCACUUUAAAUGCCCAAGGGGUAAUGGAAUGUACUGUGAAACUUAUGUAAAUGUUGACCUCCAUUUCAUAAUCCAGACUAUGCAUGGUCCCACUUAAUGUUAGCCAGCAUGAGGGCAAGCUACAAAACUGUGAAGUGACUUAUCAACCUAAAUCCUCUGCAUUUUAUUAUUUAAUUAUUUUUUUGUACAAUAUUUUACAAAAGUUCUUUUUGAUUAUAGCUAUUAGCAACUAUGAUAUGUCCUAGCAAUAGUCUUCCAUGGUAUGCUGUGCUCACGCAUCCCAAAUGAAGGAAAAAACUGUGUACAUAUACUAACAAAUGUGUAGAUAUAUACCUGCAAAUAUUCUCUAAUAAAUCUGCAAAUUGAUUUUCAUAAUAAAAACAAUUAAAGCAAA